GUAUGAUUUUCCAGUCUACCGAACGGAUUCUUGUCCUAGUAAUCAAAAUGAAUGGAACAAGAGAUCAUCAGCUAUCAACUGUAAUGAUAAAAAUGGAUACAUGUGUAUGCCAAACGAACACUUCACAGAGCUUUUAGAGUUCUGUUAUACAGUUCCUUUCUUAACGAUUGAAGAAGGUAUUUGUUUAUAUUUAAGCAAGCACGUUUCUGUAGUGUAUGGAUACCAGUGCAAAAACUUUAGAUAUGGAUGUCCUACUGCUAGUUACUUGUCUUCAAAUAUGUUUAAACACAAGAGCUGUACCUCUGUUAGAAAGGGGUGUUUUCUUGCAGAACCACAUUGUGGAAGUAAGCAGCCAUUCACAACACGUGGGCAGACAGAGAAACAAACAGGUGUUGACAUUGGAAGAAACAAUGUGGAAAAGAAGUUAGACGGAUAUAAGUUUCCAGUUUACUCAACAGACUUUUGUCCUAGAAAUCAAUUAGAAUGGGAAAAAAGAUCGACUUCUAUCAAUUGCAAUGCGACAAAUGGAUACAUGUGUGUACCAAAUGAAAACUUCACAGAACUAAUUGAGUUUUGCUAUAUACAUCCCUUUUUACUGAUUCAAAAAGGGGUUUGCUUGUAUUUGGACAAGCACUACUCAAGAAUAAUUUUAUACAGCUGUCGCCAUUUUAUAGAUGGAUGCCCUACUUCAAAAUAUAUGUCUUCAAAAAGUUAUGAAAACCCAAGCUGUGCAUCCAUUGUAAAUGGCUGUUUUCGUGCGGAACCGUUGUGUGAAAGCACAACUCGAAUAGAAACAAGAACUCCAUCAUCAACAAUUCAAUUCACAACAUUACCACCAUUAACUACUGAAUCAGAAACAACGCAGCCCUCAAAAUCCAAACCCACUAUCAUGCAAACAUCAAUUUUUCAAAUCACAACAAUGGACUCAACACCGUCUGAACCCACAACCAUGGAACAGUCAACUAAACUAACAACGAUGGAACCAACAACAUCUGAAACCACAACAAUAGAACCAUUAACAUCUGAACCCCCAACGACACUAAAAUCAACCUAUCAACCGUUAGUUACAUCCUCACCAACACAUCAUCAAACAACGACUUCACUUACAACUAACCUUCAAGAUUCCGAGGAAGAAGAUGGAAUCCCUGUUUUAACUGCUGCCACACUUGCAUCACUAACACAACAAGUUCAGCAACAGCAGCAGCAACAACAGCAGCAGCAAGUACAGCAACAGCAACAACCAGCUGCCGCUGCUGUGCUGCAACAACUUCAGCAACUUCAAAACGCUUCUACACAGCCUUUUUAG